AUGAUUGAAUUAGAAAUGCAAAUUGAACAACUAAAACAAACUCUUCAAGCUGCUAAUACAGAAGUAGAUAAUUUGAUAUUGCAGAACAAUGACUUGCAAAGGGAACUAGAAAACUGCCAGAUGAAAGAACUGGAAAACUUAAAGAUAGAGAAGAAUAGAAUACAACAUAAAUUAUUAGAAUUGGAAACACUUACUAAACUAAAAAUAUCAACGAAGGUCCAGAAAAAACAAGAAAUAAUACAUAAGCAGGAAAACUACUCUUCAAAGCUGCAAGGAAAAGGAAAUAAAAUAGAAACAUCAGAAAGAGACAGGGCACAAAGCGGAAAAAGAAAAGAGAACACAAAAACACUGACAAGAAUAGAAAUGUUUUCGGACAGAAUAGGGAGUGGACUAGCAAUCAAAUUAAUGCAACAAUUGGAAAAUACAAAAAUAACAAAUUACUGUCAAACAGGGGGAAAUCAUAAACAAAUAUUGAAGCACUUUGAUUUAUAUACCAAAGAUUUGAAAGAAAAUGACUUAGCGGUAAUACUAAUAGGAAACUACGACAUUAAAAUGGGGACAUCAUAUGUGGAUGAAAUUCGAAGAAUUGUGAGCAAAGAAAAUAGAAAAUUCAACAUUUUGUUAGGAAGUAUAAUAUACGACAACAUAAAUGAUGAUAAAACCUUUACUAUUAAUAAAGAACUCUUUAAUCUAGCUACGAUCUGA